GGCAGAUGCGGCCCCCUCGUUCAAUUCUGGAUCCCAUCCUCUCUCUGACCGAUGGCAGUGGGAUCCUCACCUUGAGUCUCGAUGCAGAACAUGAUGAUGUGACUGAUCACUUGAGAUCAAGGCAACAAUGGAAUGAUCAAAUCUCAGACUCACAGGCCACGGCCACCAAGACCAUCAUCUACCCACACCAUCGCCAGUCUCCAUGACUGCACCAUCAGACUCCCGCUGUCUUGCCCCGACGACGAGUUAUUACUUCCUCCACGUUGGCCACGAGAUUGCCGACGCUCGUGUCGACUCACGGACUGUGCCCAAACGUCAACCCUCCCGUCACUGUCCAUCACCACGGUCACUCCCAUCGAGACGUCCUUCGUUGCCAAAUUGCAAAACAUAGAUCCCCUGUCGACUCUUGCUCUGCGCCACGGACCGCCCGCUCAGAUACUCAGUACAAAGACCACCUGGAGCCCGUGUUCAUUUGUCGUGUCCAUACUACACUCCUCUCUCCCCAAAGCUCGGAUCGGAGGCAAGAGGCACCGUCUGCACACAACGUCGAGAAAGAUCCAUUGGGACCGACAUUGGCCGGCGGAAGAACCAUCCACCUUUGAAGGGGAGCAUAUCGCAUUGAACAUCCACACAACAUACACCCAAAGUAACCCCAGGUCACCAGCAAGUCCAAUUUGGGGGACAAUAUCCAAGGCGACACUCGCAGUGGGAAUAGCAGAGCUAGAAUAGGACGGCCCAAAUCACCGAACUCUAUACCGAGCAAGGUAGCAACAUCGGCUCGCCAUACCAGGUCCGAUCGUUUGAGACCGAGAACACCACCAUUUUUAUCUCGACCAAGUACAACCUACUACCAUCUGGCGUCACUUGUCGACACACACUUGCAGAGCGUGACUGUCUCAGAAAGGAAUUACUCGUUGCCAAGGCACAUACCAAGAGUCGUGUCGCCCUUGUUUUUCAGCAUUCCUCGUGAACGCCCACAUCAAUAGCCACAAGUGGCCUUUUUACCUUUCUCUUCUCCUUCUAACACUUUCGCCAUCAGUCAAUAUCACCUCAGAACCAGAAUCAGCGCUUUGGCUACCCCCAAUACCAGAAACCUCAGAGUGCAGCUGUCUACCAGCAGCCUUUGAGACAACCAUUACCCUUUCCUGCCAAGGGAGGAAUGGAGAUUGGUGGACUUCUGAACGCAAGAAACGCUGCCGCAGCAGACGCUGAGCUCAGACGUCAAAUACAACAAUCAAUGCACAUGGAAGGCGGCGUGGCAUAUGCCAUGAGCCAGGCUCCAACAAUGGCCCACCACCAAGCGCACCAUAUGCAAGCUCCUGGGAUGCCAUACCUGGGACAACAUCACCACAACCAGCAACUCUAUGCGCAGAGCUAUAUUCCUAGACAUGACAGUCAAACGAUGGCGGACGAUAACUUCGGUGCCAUGAGAACUAAAAAUGAGUCUGCCCCAAAGGCUUUUGCCUGCAGUACUUGCCAAAAAGGCUUUGCACGACGCAGUGAUCUUGCCAGGCACGAACGAAUUCACAGUGGUAUCAGACCCCACGCUUGCGACUUUCCUGGCUGUGGCAAACAGUUCAUUCAGAGAUCUGCCUUGACUGUGCAUAUGAGAGUCCAUACCGGAGAGAAACCACACAUGUGCGAGCGAUGCGGCAAGCCAUUCUCCGACUCCAGCUCCCUAGCCAGACAUCGGAGAAUUCACUCUGGAAAGCGACCAUACAAAUGCCCAUACGCCAAUUGCCAGAAGACCUUCACACGACGAACAACCCUGACGAGGCACCAGAAUCAUCAUACUGGCACGAUCGAGCAAGCAGCAGCAGAGACUAACGCCAAACUAUCGACCAGUCAGCCUCAGAGUCAAUCGAUCUACGGAUCCACAUCAGGCUCGUCCAGGAAUUCCACGGCCUCGCCUGCGGAUAGAACGCUAUCGGUUUCGCCCAAUUCGGAACUCCCUCCUAUGGCCAAUGGCAUGCACCGUCAAGGCUCAGACUACGGAUACAUCGGUCAAAACCACUCACUACCUCCGCAUAUGCGAUCCGACUUCCAGCAGACCUCGGCUCGCUCCACUCCCACCAUGAAUGGACAAACCCUCCACAACUUUACGAGCGCACCUCAACAACGACCAACCACAUCCCACCCUCAGACCUAUGUUCCUCCUCAGCCAAUGGAGCCGCCGGCAAGCGGCACAGGCAGCGGCCAUGCUUCUCCUCACAUGGGCGCUCUUGGCUGGACUUCGCAGAACACCGGGAAUAUUCCCACGUCAGCCACAAUGGACAAUUAUGCUUACCCAGAACCCGCUUAUGGUGGCCAUCCUCUUUACUAUCCGGGAAGCAGCAUUCGAAGACCUCAGAGCACGGAGCCGGAAGACUAUGGCAUCCGCCCCCGUCACCAUAUGGGACACCACAUGCCUGUUACGGCGGACUGGAGUGCCAUGCCAAUCGCCGUCCAAGACAAUCGGCAAGAACGCUAUGUGAUGUAAAGAAUAUGGCCAGCUGGAUCCACUAUUGGAGCAUACUGAAAAAGACUUGGCUGAUUGCUAGCGGAGUCAUGCCACAGGUCUCGAAUUAUUCGAUUGACUCACACUUCCGAGCGCGCCGGAAGGAGCUGACUUCAGGAUGAAACCGGCAGUCAUUACUCAUGAUACCCCUCUUCAGAUUAUUUCGAUUCCACCAAGAGUACCUCGGUGUACUUCUCAUCAAUUUUCAUUUCUUCUGUAUGAUAUUUUGACGCAUCCGCUUUAAUUGACGGGGGAGGGAUAAUCUGGGUCAAGGUCAAGGCUCAGUAUGACAUGGAUGGUUGUACAUGGGACGAUCUUCCCUGCAGUGAUCACUUGCAGGAUCAACGGCGGGUUUGGCUGGUGUGGAACUCUUGCGAGUGGCUGGGAAACAUCGAUAGCGGGUCAUAACGCACAGGCGCAAAGGUGAUCCAGGCGUUCAUACUGAUGUCUAAGAGACGAAUUCACGGCGUUUGAGUGGUUCACUGGUCAUAGCAUAGCAUAUUCAUUGAGGAACAUGAUCAUUCUAGACAUCGUUGCGAGCAAACUAUUGGUUUUUCUAUC